AUGGCAUCCUCACGCUCAUCAAUCUCCAUCACCUACGUGCCCGCAGACUGCGGCUCAGUCUUCCCGGGGAAGUCCAAAGCACCACAGGCCUUCCGAGAUGUUGGUAUCGUGCAAAAGCUACGGGACGCCGGGAUCCCUUCCAUCUCGGAGAAACACGCCCUGGGAGAAGACAUCGCAUCAUAUAAACCAACAACCUUCGCGCCAGGCCACGUCCGCAACGAGGACCUGAACAUAUCAGUCUGCGAGCGCGUCCAUCAAGCCAUAGUGCAGAACCUCAGCGCCCCGUCCCCUGCCAAACCCCCCUUCCAGCUCGUCCUAGGCGGGGAGUGCGCCAUGUCCCCGGCCAUCAUGUCCGCCUUCUGGCAACACGCAGCCCUGCAGUCGCCUCCCGCACGUGUUGGCCUCGUAUACAUCGACGCAGACACAGACAUGGCCUCGCCCGCCGACCCAGACUCCACCGGAAUCUUCGCUGGCAUGAACCUGACCCACCUCAUCCGGGGGCCCGGCGCCUUGCAGAGCAUGGAGCAGUUCAGCCGGCCCGCCGGGGGUGGUCCCGUCUGCGACCCAAGCAACACGGUACUGUUCGGCACCAACAUGACUUUCGCGGGCAACACCCCCGAGCAUUUCGCCUAUCUUUUCGACAAUGGCUUCAAGGUCGUCAGCUCUGCCUCGGUGGCCCGGGCGCCCGAGGCCCGCGCGGCCGAGGCGCUGCGUUUCCUCGAGGACAGGGUCGACGUCGUCUUGGUACACCUCGACGUGGACUCGAUCGACCCGCGAAUGUUCCCCCUGGCGCAUGUGCCAAACUUCACAGGCGUCUCAAUGGAGUCGAUGAUGCGGGCCCUAAAGGUCUUUGUGGGCAGCGACAAGAUUGGGGGCCUUACGAUCGCCGAGGUCAACCCGGAUCACGACCCGGGCCUGGAGAUGUUGGGAAGGCUCACUGAUCAGGUUGUGGGCAUGUUGGCGUCGAGAAAUGAGAGGACCGGGGCUCAAUAA